GGAAGGGAAGCAGAGAAAAAAGGAAGGAGACAAAAAGUAAUAGCAAGAGAGGUAUUUUCAGGGGCACAAACUCACUUUUACAGGAGAGCACCAGAGUGGGAUAUUAUCUGACAUCAAGUGAACAAGAUGAGAGCUGCACGGAGUGUCUUCUUUCAUGUGUCUGUCUGUCUGCAGCUGUCGUACGUAUGUUCCACCAGUACACCUCCUCAUGCAGAAGAAAGUCUGCUCCAGUCUCUGUUCAGCAACUACAACAAGCUCUCUCGUCCAGUAGCAAACAUCUCAGAUGUGGUUCUGGUCCACUUUGGUCUGUCUAUCGCUCAACUUAUUGAUGUGGAUGAGAAGAACCAGAUGAUGACCACAAACGUCUGGGUGAAACAGGAGUGGAACGAUUACAAGCUGCGCUGGAACCCAGAGGAGUACGAGAAUGUCACCUCUAUCAGGAUCCCCUCUGAGAUCAUCUGGAGACCGGAUAUUGUGCUCUACAACAAUGCAGACGGAGACUUUGCGGUAACUCACCUGACUAAAGCCCAGGUGUUUUAUAAUGGCAGGAUCAAAUGGAAUCCUCCUGCCAUUUACAAAAGCUCCUGCAGCAUCGAUGUCACCUUCUUUCCCUUCGACCAGCAGAACUGCAAGAUGAAAUUCGGCUCUUGGACAUAUGAUCAGGCCAAGAUUGACCUGGUGAGCAUGGCCAGUGAUGUGGACCAGAUGGACUACUGGGAGAGCGGGGAGUGGGUCAUUGUAAAUGCUGUGGGAAUGUACAACAUCAAGAAGUAUGAGUGCUGUAUGGAAAUCUAUCCAGAUAUCACCUACUCCUUCAUCAUCAGACGUCUUCCUCUGUUCUACACCAUCAAUCUAAUCAUUCCCUGCCUGCUUAUAUCUUGUCUGACUGUGCUUGUAUUCUACCUACCCUCCGAAUGUGCAGAGAAGAUAACAUUGUGUAUCUCCGUCCUCCUCUCUCUUACUGUAUUCCUCCUGCUCAUCACUGAAAUCAUACCUUCCACUUCACUAGUUAUCCCACUCAUUGGCGAGUACCUUCUCUUCACCAUGAUCUUUGUCACUCUCUCCAUCAUUAUCACAGUAUUUGUGCUUAAUGUCCACCACCGUUCCCCACGCACACACAGCAUGCCACACUGGGUCCGCCAGCUUUUCCUUCAUCUGGUGCCCCGUUACCUCUUCAUGAAGAGGCCACCUACCUCGGGUAAGAGGAACUCUGGUAAACUGAUUGAGAUGAUGCACAAUCCAAUGGGGUCACAAUCCAUGUUUCUACGGAAUACAAUUCUGGACACACCAUCACAGAGUCCCUUACCCAGUGUGGCUAUAACUCCUGUUGUCCAGUUGGAUCAAUUGCAGAGGGACUCCUCACCCAAACCCAUGUUUUUCUGCAGCUCUCCAAGUAGUCAAUAUUCCAUUUUGCAAGAGGAAACCACACAAACACCUCAAACACCAGUCCUCAGUUACGCCUGUGCAUGCACAAACAACAUCUUUACCUCUAGCGCCUCUUCCUUUCCAGACACUGCCCUUGCAACGCUGAUGCACACUUUCCCACUGGAUGGAGCUGAGUGUACAGACUGGGAGAUCCAAGGCCACAGUGCGGAGAGUGUCUUCAUGGAAGCCAAAGAGAGUGUUCUGGGGGCAGGGAGUUGUCAACAGUGUCUUACAUCUAAGGAGUCGAGUAUGCAGAAGCUUGAUCAUGAUGAUGCAGGGUUUUGUGCAAGACAUAAAUUCCCUAACGCUCAGAACUUCAGCUCUAACAGUGACUGCACUAAGGAUCUGAAUUCAGCAGAGCCAGUGAGUAAUCUGUCACAGUCUCUGCUGAGAGCCCUGGAAGGAGUUCAGUACAUCGCUGAUCAUCUCAGAGCAGAGGAUUCAGACUUUUCAGUUAAGGAAGACUGGAAAUAUGUUGCUAUGGUGAUUGAUAGAAUAUUCCUCUGGAUGUUUGUGCUGGUCUGCAUUCUUGGGACUGUUGGACUGUUCCUUCCACCGUGGUUGGCCGGAAUGAUCUAG